AUGUAUGAGAGAGCCCUUCAGCGCAUCACUGAGCUAGAACAGGAACUGAGCAUUGCAAACUCUCAAAUUACAGAGUAUGAGGAAGCACAAUCGCUUAACACUCGUAGUCUGUUUGAGGAGCUGAUGGCAACACCUGGAGCACCAUCUACCCAGUUUGCAAUAAGAUCUGAUAGUGUUGUUUUACAUCACCAUACACAAAGUACUAAGAAGAUUAAAAGAUAUAUGGACUAUUACCCUAAAGUUGUGCCUAAAAAUAAAGCAAGGAAGAAAGCUGCAAACCCAGAAAAUUGGAAGCAAAACAGAGCUAAAAAACAAAGAGUACAUACUGUGAUACGAAAACAUUUCGAAACAGGAGAGUGUCCUAGGGAAAAUCGUGGAGGUGACCACAAAAGCCAUAAAUUUAUUGAGAAAAGAAAGGGGAUAAGAGAUUUUAUCCAGUCUUUAAAUUGUUCGGAACCUCAUUACUGUCGUGGUUCAUCUUCCGCGCGCCUUUAUUUACCCGCAGAUUUAAAUAUAAACAAAAUCUACAAGAUGUACAAAGAACGAGGAAUUCAGCCUAUUUCGACAAAAGCGCUCUUUCGAAAGGUAUUUAAUACUGAGUUCAAUCUUGGAUUUGGGUCACCAAAAACUGACAUUUGCUCCACAUGUCUACAGCUUCAAGAAAAAAUUAAAGUCCAAACUGAUAUUGCUAAAAAAAAUAAGCUAAUUACGUUAAAAAGAGUACACACGCUACGAGCAAAAGCUUUUUACGAUGUUUUAAAAUCAAAGAACGAAGGUAUCGUAACAUUUUCCUUUGAUUGUCAAAAAAACCAACCACUACCUAAGCUUCCCGAUCAGUCUACUUAUUACAGUAGACAAUUUUAUGUCUACAAUUUGACCAUCGUACAAGGUAGUUCAAAGGAUAAAUUAACCAAAGAAAAUGUCUUCUCAUAUGUAUGGGGCGAGGAGGAAUAUUCCAAAGAUUCGAAUACUGUGGCUUCUGCAGUCUACCAUCGGCUUAAUGCCACAGAUCUAACUAACAUCCAUACAGUAAGAUUGAUAUCUGACGGCUGCGCAGGUCAAAAUAAAAACACGAUUAUUGUUGGCAUGUGUUGUAAAUGGUUGCUACUAAAUCCAAGCGUAAAAAAGAUUGAAGUAUAUUUUCCUAUAACAGGACAUUCAUAUUUACCUUCAGAUAGAGUCUUUGGGCACAUAGAACGCGAAAUUAAAAGAAAAGACGUAAUUAUUCGACCUCAAGAAUAUCAUGAUAUUAUUGCCAAUCAUGGUACUGUAAUACUUAUGGGUAAGAGUGACUGCAAAGUGCUCAAUUGGAAAGCUGCUGUGGACCAAGUCGUGAAGCCGCCAGGUCAGUGGCAUUUCAAAUUUAUGGAAUCCAAGCGUAUAAUUAUCAAGAGAUGUCGUACAGACACCAAUAAUGCGUUAGUUCAGGGUGAAGCAUUUUAUAAAAGUAAUAUGGGAGCUAUUCGCAAUGUUUGUCGUCGAGGAAAAAAUAUAAUGAUGAUUUCGCCAAAUGAAAUGUUAUUAGGUGUACCAGUAAAAUCAGAGAAGAUUAAUGAUGUGUCUACUUUACUAUCAAAACAUUAUGGAUCAGAUUGGAAAGAGAUCAACGAUUUAAGCUUCUACAGAAAUAUUAUCUAUCAACCUAAUAUAAACAUUAAUAACGCAGAAAGUGAAGAAAGCUACUGCGAGUGCCGCGUGGAGAACCCUGCAUUAAUUGUUUAA